AUGGCUCCGCGUGUGGGGGGCAGUCAGGUGUUGGUGCCCCAGAAGGUGAGUGCUGUAUUGGGGAAGAACGUGACGUUGGGCUGUAGCGUGGAGGUGGAGGCCAACCUGAGUCUUACCCAGAGUUCCUGGGAGCGCCGGCUGCCCACAGGCUCGGUGACGGUGGCGGUGUACAACCCCGUGUUCGGUAUCUCCAUCCCCCCGGACUACGUUCGCCGCCUGUCUUUCCGCUCACCCUCCUCCCAUGACGCCACCAUCGUACUGGAGGACGUGGGCUUCGCCGACAUUGGAGUGUACACCUGCAAGGUGGCCACCUUCCCCCUGGGCAACACACAGGCCUCCACCACUGUCAGCGUGCUCGUGGAGCCCAAGGUGUAUGUGUCGGCUGGCUCGGUGGCUCUGAUCGAUGAGGGCAAUGAGACGGUGGUGGCUACCUGCAUCGCUGAGCGGGCCCUCCCCCCUGCCGAAGUCUCCUGGGAGACGGACCUGUUUGGCCAUUCAGAGGUGACGCUGCAGGACGAGGCCAACGGCACCACCAGCACCCAGGUGCACUACCUGUGGCAGCCCACCCGCCACGUCCAGGGUCACGCCCUCACCUGUGUGGUGCGCCAUCCUGCCCUGCACACAGACUUUAGGAUCCCCUACCAGCUCAACGUGGAGUAUGCCCCAGACAUUGUGGUGGUAGGUUAUGAUGGUGACUGGCACGUGGGCCGCGAGAGCGUCCAGCUGACCUGCAAAGCCAAGGCAAACCCACCAGCCCACCACUUCAGAUGGAUCAGACUGGACGGGGACAUGCCAGAGGGGGUGGAGACACUGAACAGCACAUUGCUGUUUCUGAGGCCCCUCCAAAGGAAUGACUCUGGAGUCUACAGGUGUGAGGUUGCCAAUGCCAUCAACCUACGCAGCAGGGACCUGCGGAUACGCAUACAAGAUCCUCCCACCACCUCCAUGCCCUCCACCACCCCUGUGCCUGUCCUAACUGGCUCUGCCUCCUCCUCCACCUCUGUGGGAGACAAGCAACGGGUCCUCUUCACCUCCCCCACCCUGGCAGCCCUGCCCCCUGCCAACCAACUGGGCACCAUUGUGGGUGGAGCUGUGGGCGGCGCCUUGUUCCUCCUGCUGCUGCUAGUGCUGGGCGGGGUCUGUUACCUCCGACAACGACAGACCUUCCACGGGGACUACUACACUAAGCAGUACCUAGGGCCUUCAGACAUGCAGAAGGCUCCUCCACAGCACGAGCUCCACCCCUCCAAGCCUGCCAAUAAUGUUUUUGUAGACAAGGACCGCGAGGAGUGGGGCGACCGCGAACGAGAGCGCCAGCCCAAUGGCCGCACGAGGGCGAUGAGAAAUGGAGAACACCAUGACCACGACCACCUGCGUAGCUACCCCAGCCCCCACCAGACUAGCCAUGCCAGAUACGCUGCCCCACCACACCCGCUGAGCAACGGCUCCCCCUACUUGUCGGAUGACUGCUAUGACAGUGGGGCCGAGGGGGACUAUGUCUCUCAUAUGGACGGCUCAGUGAUCUCACGCAGGGAGUGGUACGUCUGA